AAAAAAAAAAAAAAAAAAAAAAUCAAUUAAAAAUCAAAUGUAAUGGGCGGUGGGGCAUCAACCACAAUGGAAUCGAAACCUUCUGAGGAGAAACAACAUUUUCAGUGUUCAGAGCAUCAGAACCCCCAAAACGGCGUCGCGCCUCAAAACCCCCAAUCUGCUGAACGAGGGCUUGUUAAACCUCAGUCGUCCGAACCGGAAACGACGCCGGUUUCUUCCUCCGAUCAUCAUUUGACGGUGAUCGGUGCGGAAUUGAAGCCGCAAAUGCUGCCGGUGGAGAGCAAAGGAGGGUCCGGAGCUGGGGAUGAAAUCGAUGGUCAAAAUGGGCUGGAUGAAGAUGGGAUUUUGCGGAAGACCCUGGAUGAAGAGAUUCAUCAAGUGAUUUAUAAAGAGGCAUUGAAUGAAGCCGUGAUGAAUUUAGCUUUGGGGGAGGAUAGGAACGGGGAGGUAGAGGUGGGUUUGGGGAUGGGAACGAAUGGGGAGGAGUUUUGGGAAGGUGGGAGUGAUGUGCUGAGGGGUAGAGGUGUGGAUGUUGAUGAAUUAUUCCAGGGGAGAUAUGGGAAUGAUGAGGUUGGGGGUGAGGUGGAAGGGGAGGAAAAUUAUGGGACUGAAGAAGCUAGUGGGUACAGUGGUGAUAGGACUUACAAUAGGAGGUUUGAGUAUCCGUUGAGGCUAGACGCUGAGGAUUGCGCCUAUUACAUGAAAACAGGGAGCUGUAAAUUUGGAAUGAAUUGCAAGUUUAAUCAUCCUCCGAAAAGGAGGAAUCAGGGUACUAGGGACAAAGCAAAGCCAAGGGUAGAAGACUCAGAACGGCUAGGACAGACUGAAUGCAAGUAUUACCUGACUUCAGGCGGGUGUAAAUUUGGUAGUGCUUGCAAGUACAAUCAUAGCAGGGAGAAAAGUGCACUGGCACCCGUUGUAGAGUUUAACUUUCUAGGCCUUCCCAUUCGACCGCAGGGAGAAAAAGAGUGCCCCUACUACAUGCGUACUGGCUCCUGCAAGUAUGGAUCAAAUUGCAAGUUUAACCAUCCUGAUCCUACUUCUGUAGCAGGAAACGACCAUGCUUCGGGUUUUGUUGCUGGUGGAUCUGCUCAAUUGCAUGGUGCUGCCCAGACAAGUGCCUCAUCCUGGUCUUCAGCAUCAAUGAUAUUUCCACCAGCCCAAGGCAUGCCUUCAAAUGCUGAAUGGAAUGGGUAUCAGGCUACGGUCUACCCAACAUCGGAGAGGAGUUUACCCACACCUCCAGCAUUUGCAAUGAACAACCCAGUAUCUGAGACCAAUUUCUAUGCACCGCUCCAACAGCAAAUGCCAGUUGAUGAAUAUCCUCAGCGACCUGGUCAGCCUGACUGCAGUUAUUUCUUGAAAACUGGAGACUGUAAAUACAAAGCUAAUUGCAGAUUUAACCAUCCUAAGUUUCAAAGUUCCAAGUCAACAUCAUGUGCUCUUAGCGAUAAGGGUUUGCCUCUGAGACCUGAUCAAUCAAUCUGCUCGUUUUACAACCGUUAUGGCAUUUGCAAGUUUGGUCCUGCUUGCAAGUUUGACCAUCCAGAAAAUUGGGGCAAAUCAGUAGCUUCUGGUGGAGUUAGAAUGGCGAGAAAUGAAAUGGAAGCAGGUUUCUCUUAAAUCAGCAUGUUGACAAAUCUCUGUUGUCAAGUACAUGUAAUAUCUAGGAUCAAACUCUGUCCCUGGAUUUUGGAUUCUUUUAGGCCUUGGAAACUUAUUUCCUUUUAAACUCAACUGUAUACAGCUUCAGGAGGAUGUUAGGAUGUUUCUUUUUUGUUGUUAAAUUAUUAAAGCGCAAGCUAAAUAGGAUAUGUAAAAUAUCUUUUUAUAGUAAGUGUAGCAACAAAUUUACUUGAAUCUGCUGCUUAUCUAUAACUUCAUUUACAUCUC